AUGCCCCGAGACAGCCCAAUUCAUCCCCGUACGGCAGAAUCGCUGUUCUACCUUCCAGAGUUGAAAUUUGAUCAUUCCGAUCAUCCCCCAGAGAUCGCGCUUUCAUGGGAGUGCCCUGAGUUUUCCGCUGAGUUUUCCGCUGACACGUUAACCACUGCACUCUCGCAGAAAUGCAGCCAGAGAAGUAUCAAAGAAUACCUCCAACGAUUUCCUCGAGAGGAAGUUAGUAGGUCUCUGGAACAUUACGUUAAGGGCCCUCGUAUUAUGACCUAUGCAGUUGACACUGGAAACGCUGAGAUCGUUCAGCUGAUUCUCGAAUAUAACGGCGAUGCCAAUUCUAGAGACUUCGAAGACGUCCCGCUGUUAGCAUUUGCCAUUAUGCGUGCUACAGGAAAUGGACACGCCAGCUUGGAAAUGAUCAAAUUACUGCUAUCCUACGGAGCAGACCCUCUAGCGAUACCUAGAGAAAUGUGGAAGAACUAUGUCAAAACACCAAUCGCGACGAAAUAUGACAGCGAUGAAAUUUCGGAUUCCGAGAAAUACCGUCUCAGAAAACCCGCAAGGCGUAUGCUCCAGAUAGCCGCAGCCUUGAAAAUGACAGCGCUCCUGAGAUUACCUUUCCGGAUUAUUGGCCAGGAGUUAACUACGAAGCUAGUUAUAGACACAGUCUAUACUCAUAUGGCGCAAGACACCGAGAAGCCUCUUGUGAUAGCUUUUGCGGGUGCUUCCGGCCACGGAAAGACAGAACUCGCUACCCAGAUGGGUUCUUUGCUGUCGGUUCGGCAUGUUACCAUUGAUUGUACUCAUAUCAAUUCCCAGAUGGCGCUAUUUGGUAGUCCAUGUGGGUAUGAGGACAAUAGGGAUGGCGCGCCACUAAGUAACUUCCUUGUGGAUAACCAAGGAAAACGGUGCGUUGUGUUUUUAGAUGAGUUUGACAAAACAGACUAUAACACACUGAAUGCACUACUCAAGGUCAUGGAUGAUGGCACGUACCGUGAUCGUCGCGGGGAGUCCGAUCAUGCCGAAUUAGAUUGUCGAAGAGUUAUUUGGAUCCUAGCUACGAACUUGGGGGAUGAUGCCAUCUCUCGAUUCCAUUCACAAUAUCUUGCUAAGUGUAGCAAAGAUGAAGAUGUGGCGAAUGUAUCGAUUGAGCCCCUCCAAAGCGAGCUCGAAGAACUCUACAUGAGCCGUUUUCCGCCCGCAGUUACAGGCCGCAUUGACGAAAUUGCACCGUUCUUUCCCUUCGACAAGGGUGAGCAAGCUGUCGUCGCUCACAAAUUCCUUCUUGAAUUUAUAGAUGAAGUUCGACGCCCUAUCGACGAAGGAACCAACCACUUGGUCGGCCAUACGAAUAUCCGCGUAGUUGAAGACGGAAAAGUUUGCGAGGAGAUAGCUAGGAAGUCGUACAAGGAAGAACUCGGGGCGCGCUCCAUCUAUAAGGGCGUUCGGGCAUUAAGACGCAAGUUCAUCUUGAAGUACGUCGACAUGGAUGGCCUUGUAAGUGAUAGCGUGAAUGAGGGAGAUCGUGAACGAUAUGUAAUACAACUGAAUCCGGCGGUGGAGGAUCGCGAAGAACUAUCCGUCUCUCGCGAAUAUGUCAGCGAGGAAUAAGAGCCCUUGCAAAAGCAGAGAACUAUCCAUCAAUUAUUCUUCUUGUCUUAAAGCCAAUCGUUUCCUGACCCAAUAGAACCCAAGGCCAAUUAUCCAUACAAUGAUAACUACGAGUGCUAACACAGGUGCGAAGAAGGCACCUCUAAUUACCACAAACCCGCUGACUACUGCGAAUAUUAUCGGGACCAGAAUAUAUGGUCUAUAUGGUCGUCGCAGUCUUGGUUCGCGGAAUCUAAGAACAAUAGCGCCUAGAACAGUUAGGAAGAAGAAGGAAUAUUCGCCCAGCCCGUUGAAUGUCAAGAGAGCACGGAAAUUCCCAAGAAGGAUGUAUAGGGCUGAAAGAAUAGUCGAGAGUAAGAUCGCGUUAAUGGGAGCAUCUGAUCGCGCCGUACUGGGAAAUAUCUGCUCAUCUUCCGUCCUAGGUUUCAAUCCAAUGUACCCGACGGAGGCGAAGAUACGAGGAAACCAGUUCAUGUUUGCUGCCGCGACCGCCAUGCGACCAGCGACAAACGAAUUGCCAAGAAGGGAGCCGGCGACGACCAGGCAGAUAAGAGCAGCGGCGGCGAUGCCAAACCCUUGUCCGAGAAUACGGGUUAUAGCGGUCUACUCAACAAUUUAGUAGAUAUCAUA